AUGGUGGAAACUAGGGCACAGGCAAAGCUAAAAAACAAAACAGUCAAAAUGACCUCGACCUCACCAAUCACUGUCACCGAGACCGAACACGCGGUCAGGACCUCGACCAGCGGUCCGAUAACGGCGGAUCGCACGGCCGAGUCCAUGGGAGAGCAAGCCGUCGUCAAAGAUCUGAUGGCCGCAAUGGACAGAUUGUUGGCCUACAGGAUCGAAACAUCAUUCAUGGCCGCAAUGGACAGAUUGUCCUCGGAGCUACGGACGCUUUUUCAGGAGAGGAUGCCGGUGACAUCGUCCGCAACGCCUCCCAGAUCUGGACAAAGAGGCCAAGAGCGCGAGAGGUUCUAG